ACUAGAUUCGCGAUCGAGGCUUUGAGGUUGUUUUACUGGAUUUAUUUCGCUGUGGAGGAAAAGAGAUCCGGGAGCGGAGCGGUGCGCAAAAAGCCGAGGUCCGUGCGAUUUUGCUAAAAUGCAUCAUCAACAGCGGAUGGCAGCUUUGGGAACAGACAAGGAACUGAGUGACUUACUGGAUUUCAGCGCGAUGCGAAACAGCGAUUUGAAAAUGUUCCCAACAUCCAUGAUGUUUUCCCCUCCUGUUAGCAGUGGAAAGAACGGGCCGACCUCCCUGGGGAGCGGACAUUUCUCUGGCUCAAAUAUGGAGGAGAGAACGAGUGCAGGAUCGUGGGCGAGUGGAAGCCGUUCUUCUAAGAGUUAUGCAGAUGGGUCUCAGUACAUGGCGUCACAUGACAGCCUCUCACCUCCAUACGCCAACUCCAGGCUAACAGGUAAAACGGAGAGGAGUUCGUACUCGUACGGCAGAGAGUCCAACCCGCACUGCCACCAGUCGAUACUGGGUGGUGAGUUGGGUUUGGGGAGUCCCAGUGCGGCAUCGCCCACCAAACCAGCCGGUCAGUACUACCAGCACUACAGCUCCAACCCACGGAGGAGAGCACUGCCUAUGGACACCAUGGAGGUUCACACAAAAAAAGUGCGGAAGGUCCCUCCCGGCUUGCCGUCCUCAGUGUACGCUCCGUCUGCCAGUACAGCCGACUACAACAGGGACUCCCCGGGUUAUCCCUCCUCCAAACCUCCCAGCUCUGGCUUCCCAAGCUCAUUCUUCAUGCCAGACGGUCACCACAGUGGCGAUCCCUGGAGCAGCAGCAGUAGCAGUAUGAGCCAGCAGGGUUACCACGGCAGCAUGCUAGGCGGCGGGAACUCGGCCCACGGCCCCGCCCAGAGCUCCUCCUACUGCGGGAUUCACCCUCACGACAGACUGAGCUACCCCUCGCACUCGUCUGCAGACAUCACCUCCAGCCUUCCUCCCAUGUCCAGUUUCCACCGAGGAGGAGGGAGCGGGGGCGGGGCCAAUCACUACAGCACCGCCUCUUGCACGGCCCCCACCAACGGCACAGACAGCAUCAUGGCUAACCGAGCACAGAGCUCAGCAGCCAGCAGCUCUCAGACAGGAGACGCCUUAGGGAAAGCACUCGCAUCCAUCUACUCUCCAGACCACACGAACAACAGCUUCUCCUCCAAUCCCUCCACCCCAGUCGGUUCUCCACCCUCCCUCACAGCUGCCAGUUCAGCUGUCUGGUCGAGGAACGGCGGACAGGGAGCGUCAUCGCCAAACUAUGAGGCUCCACUGCACUCUCUGCAAAGUCGCAUCGAGGACCGUCUGGAGCGUUUGGAUGAUGCCAUCCAUGUACUGCGGAGCCAUGCGGUGGGGCCGUCAACGGGUAUGGCCAGCGGGCACGGUGACAUGCACAACCUCAUCGGCGCCGCACACACGCACAACGGCGCUAUGGGCGCUCUGGGAAGCGGGUACGGGACAGGACUGCUGUCGGCCAACAGACACUCCCUCAUGGUGGGCUCUCACAGAGAGGACAGCAGCAGCGUGGGCGCCCUGCGCGCCGGACACUCGAUGGCGGGCCAGGUGCCGGUGCCUCACCUGCCCGUUCAGUCGGCCACCUCGCCGGACCUCAACCAGCCCGACCCUUACCGCGCCCUGUCCGGAGGCCUUCAGGGCCAGAGCACCUCCUCCGUCAGCUCGGAGAUCAAGUCUGAGGACGAGGGGGAUGAGAACCUCCUGCAGGAGACGAAGCCCCUGGACACCAAGAAGGAGGACGCCGACAGCAAGGAGCUCAAAGCUAUUGAUAGGUCAAGAUCUAGCAACAACGACGACGAGGACCUGUCUCCGGAGCAGAAGAUGGAGAGGGAGAGGGAACGGAGGAUGGCCAACAACGCGCGGGAGCGCCUGCGUGUCCGCGACAUCAACGAGGCGUUCAAGGAGCUGGGCAGGAUGGUUCAGCUGCACCUGAAGAGCGACAAACCUCAGACCAAGUUACUGAUCCUGCACCAGGCGGUGGCUGUCAUCCUCAGUCUGGAACAACAAGUCAGAGAGCGAAACCUGAACCCCAAGGCGGCCUGUCUGAAGCGUCGCGAGGAGGAGAAGGUCACCGUGACAUCAGAUGGGGCUCCCCUCUCAUUGGCCGCCGCGCACCAUGCCGCCGCCGCCAUGGGCGACGGGUCGAACCCCUUGGGACAAAUGUCUAAGGUGCCAGAGUUCAUCAAGAUGAUGAGUGACCACUUCCUCUGACGGCGUUUCCAUGACAACCCGGCAAUCGAUCAAACCCGUUGUUGCUUCAGCCUGACCAAUCAGAUUCUCUGGAACUUCGGCCUGACCAAUCAGAUCAGCCUCUCUCUCUCCUCUCGUCCGUCGCCUCUGGUCCUCUUCUUCACGUUUGUCUCCUUCUUCUGUCGAGAACACGAACUGCAGAGUCACAUUAGUCGCUUUCGUCACUUUGCAUCGCAGCUGAAGGGAACUGGAUGCUACUUUGUGGAGACAUUAAAACGGCCGCUGUGACACGGCUGCUACAAAGUGGCAGUUUGUGGGAUCUUUUGACACAAAGUGACAGCAAUGGACAAAAGUCUUUGGAAUCGCAUCGUCAUUCUUCUUCUUGUACUACUUGUUUUAUCAGCAUUCCCAGUUUUAAAGAACAAAAGGGUUCUAUAUAUAGUAUAUAUAUGACAAAUGGAAAACAUGACAAAAAAACUUGUUAAAAAAGUGCAACUGGACACAGGCAGUGAGAAGGGUACACGUUGGGGAGGGGUAUUCAGAACGGAGCGAAACAUAUCACAAAGUGUUUAAGAGAUUUUUUUUUUUAACAAAGCAACAUUGCGCAGCUGUUGU